UUUGACCGUAUUUAUUUCUGUCAUAAUAAGCCGGUCCUAACUGGCAGUUAUUUGGGCAUUUUCCUUUAUCUGCCAAGCCUUCUUUCUUUGAGGUGCUGUCACUGAGACGGGUUCUUCUGUCCUGAGAAGGCCCAACCAUCGCCACAAUUGGCUGAGGAGCAGGGGCAGUGUCUCCCGCGGUCUCAAGAAUAGGAGGGAAUGUUGACCGGGGAGCACCGCUGCGGCCAAUCUGGGGAGCAGGAACCGGAGCUCAGGCUGGGUCUGAAGGCAGUAGAAUCCAGACCUUGCCUCAGAAGCGGUGGGAAGCGGAAGAUGGACAAACCACAGUCCCAAGGAAAGGGUGGGAAGCCGCUGCGCCCUGUUUACAUUUACAGUCCGGAGUAUGUCAGCGUGUGCGACUCCCUGACCAAGGUUCCCAAGCGGGCCAGUAUGGUCCAUUCUCUGAUUGAAGCAUAUGCACUGCAUAAGCACAUGAGGAUAGAGAAGCCCAAAGUGGCCUCCAUGGAGGAGAUGGCCACCUUUUACACUGAUGCCUACCUACAGCAUCUCCAGAAGAUCAGCCAAGAAGGGGACGAGGAUCAUCCCGACUCCAUAGAAUAUGGACUAGGUUACAAUUGCCCAGCCACUGAAGGGAUAUUUGAAUUUGCUGCAGCAGUAGGAGGGGCUACAAUCACAGCUGCCCAGUGCCUGAUUGAUGGGAUAUGUAAAGUAGCAAUUAACUGGGCCGGAGGGUGGCAUCAUGCAAACAAUCUUCAAGUAUGUAAUGUGUCCCAGGUAGUGAAUCCAGGUAUUGAAUAUACAAAGACAGAACACGCUGGCACCUCUCCUUCACUUAGGAAGCUUAGAGUCAGCCAGGAGAGAGUGACAUAUAAACUAGCACACCAGCAUGAGAUUGGAAACAAUGGGGAGCUAAUGAAUGUUCUGAAGAGUGGCAUGGUCAGAGCUGCAUACAAAUGUUUCAUUAUGAUGGCUGUGUUUGCCCCUCCUAGAAAACAAGCUCCAGGGGACACAUGUUUGGUCUCAGUGCUUAGAACAGAAAACAUGCAGUAG